AUGUUAAUGAAGGUUGGAAAAAAUAAUUUCAGACCACCACCCAAGGUUGAGUCAAGUGUAGUCAGGAUAGAGCCUAGAAAUCCACCUCCACCAAUUAACUUCGUAGAAUGGGAUGGACUAACAAGAAUUGCAUUUGUUAGAAAGAAUAAAACAUUGUCAGCUGCUUUUAAACACUCAACCACUAUGGCGGUUCUUGAAAAAAAUUAUAGAGUACACUGUUCAUUACACAAUAAGGAAUUACCUGAAGAUUUUGAUAUCAAACAAAAAGUACAAGACAUAUUAACAUCAGUAGAAGCUGACCAAAUGAGAGCAAGGACAAUGGACUGUGAUGACUUUAUGAAACUAUUACAUGCUUUUAAUUCUGAAGGAAUACAUUUUGCA